CAAACCUGAUAAGCGUCGAUCCUGCGCGGGUGAAUCUUCGAAAUCGUUCACAUUUAUCAAGGGAAUGGCUUUGUACCUUUCCGUUAUCUUUCAGUAUCUCCCGCUCUCGUGUUGGAGGAGCAUAGCGGGUCUCUCGUAGUACGUACUAGUGUUGUUGUAAAGGGAUUAGCGCCGUUUUUUCUCUUCUCGGCUCCGCGCCGCGCCUUGCCAGUUCCCGCCCUGACGUUGAAUGUGAGGGUCUUCGGUGUCGCUCUGCUCGUCGCUGCUUUGGCUGCCACACGUGCGUGCCUCGCCCGUCUUCCGUAGUUACAGGAGUUACAAAAGAGCCUCAAGAUGGGGAAGAGCCUGACCUUCUUCAGCUGCCUGCGCCUGGGUACAUGGUGUUCUCUUCUAACUAUUUCCUGCCGGCAUGUUGCCGGAGGGAGAGUUGGGUGGGGAGGAGCCUUCAUCUAUUCUGUCCUGUCCUACCACACGUAGAUUACUAGUAGUAGCGGUAGUAAACAGACACCCUCGUCAUAGACCGAUAGGUGUUCUGGUGUCUGUUCUUCCUAUGUAUUCCUAUGUAUUCCUCCUCCUCCUUCUCCUCUCUCUCUCUCUCUCUCUCUCUCUCUCUCUCUCUCUCUCUCUCUCUCUCACACACACACACACACACACACACAGAAUGGCUCCCAGCACGCGGCUCCCUGGCUCUCCUCAUCAUGCUUGGGCUCAUCAACGCUCUCAUGGUCCGCGUCAACCUCUCCGUCGCUAUCGUGGCCAUGGUCCGUCAACCCAACACCAGCGGGGCCAACCACACCAGCCUCAGCGGACAGUGCCACACCACCACCACCACCACCACCACCAACAUGACCAUCGCCACCACCACCACCGCCGUCCCCGCCACCAGCACCAUAGCCAUCAUAACCACAGGCAUUCAGUCCGAUGAGGGGCCAUUGUCCACCACACCGGGAGAGGCGGCAGGCAAAGAGUACCCAUUGGUGUCACCGGCGCUGCUGGCUGACCCGGGCAAAGAGGGAACGGAAGGGAAGGAAGGUGAAGAGGAGGAGGAGGAGGAGGAGGAGGAGGAGGAGGACGACGGCCUGCUGGAUUGGGACGAGUGGGUGCAAGGCCUCGUGCUCGGCUCCUUCUUCAACACCUAUUGGAUUAGCCAGGUGGGCGGCGGGCGGCUCGCUGAGGUGUACGGGACGAAGCUUGUCUUGGGCGUGGUGGUGUUGUCGGGAGGCGUGGGGGCCCUCCUCACGCCACUGGCCGCGCGUACCCACUACAUCGCCCUUAUCGCCCUCAGGAUGCUGCAAGGGUUCUUCCAGGGCGCGGCCUUCCCCUGCAUAUUCCCGCUGAUGGUUCGCUGGAUUCCGCGCUUCGAACGGGCCAGGUUUAUCGCCUACGUUCUCUUCUGCAACAACAUCAGCAUCACCCUCACCAUGCCCUUCUGCGGUGUGAUAAUCGAUGCUCUGGGGUGGGAGGCGGCCUUCUACGUGACGGGCGUGUUGUCCCUCCUCUGGUGCCUUCUGUGUUACACCUGCAUGUAUGAAAGGCCCCAGGAACACCCAAGGAUCACACAAGAGGAACUGAACUUCAUACUCCAGGAGGUUCGCCCGGAUUAUGACGAUGACUCACCCUUGCACACGGUCUCAGCUCCUUCCGAACCUUCGCCCUCACAUACAUCACCCUUGUCAUCGGUACCAUCAAAGGAGGAGAUUAGCCAGAAAUCCCACAAAUCAUCCUCCUUGUACUGUGCCUCCUCUCCUUCAUCCUCCUCCUCAUCUGCAUCGCCUUCUUCAUCUUCUCCAUCGUGCUCGCCCUCGUCGGUGCCGUGGCGGUCGCUGGCUGGCUCCCUUCCCAUGUGGGCCAUUAUGGUGUGCGAGGCGGGGAACUCCUUCGGCUUCAGUGUGUACUUCUCUUACCUGCCCACCUACCUGAAGACCGUGCUGGGCGUCAACAUCAGCGAGAACGGUCUCCUCUCCGCCCUGCCCUUCCUAGCGCGGUACAUGGGCGGGGUGCUGUUCUCCACGCUGGGCGACUGGCUUCUGAGGCGACGGUACCUCUCCAUGCUGACCGUGCGGCGGCUCUUCAGCGUCGUGGCCAUGCUUGGCCCCGCGGCGACCAUGCUGGCGGUGGCUGAGACUGGGUGCAUCCCCGGGACCCUGGCCGUGGUGCUGCUCUGCCUCGGGUUCUUCUUCAACGGCGCCGUCACCGUGAGCCUCUUUCCCAACAAGGCGGACCUGUCGCCUAACUUUGCAGGCACGGUGAGUGGGCUGGGCAACACCUGCGCCAACCUUAUCUCCUUCAUCGCUCCUCUAGUGGUGGCCAGCAUCAUCCAGAACCAGCAAACAGUUGAGCAGUGGCGGAAGGUGUUCUUGGUGUGCGUCCCCGUGUACGCGCUGUGCGAGGUCUUCUAUCUCUUCUUCGCCUCGAGCUCCAUCCAGCCUUGGGAUCUGCACCGCGGCGGCCGGGAGGAAGGGGCGAAGGAGGCGGAAAAGGAGGAGGAAGAGGGUGAUGCGUUAAUUCUUGAAGGGAGACAAGGAAGUUUAUAGUGUUAUGACCUAGGCUGGGAUUACGUUAGGUAGGAUUUGCUACAAGUAACGUAGCCAGUUAAUAACCCAGUAUGUGAUAGACAAGAAUAUGCUACCUUGGGCAAGCCAUAGGCCGACUUUCACUCACUUUGUGCUUGGAGGAGGGUUAAUCAAAGUCACAGUUACAAAAAUAACAUUAGUAUUUAGAAUUAGAGAGAUACAGUUUCCACUUUACAUAAAUAACACCUUAUCUCCUCAAGUUACAUUAACAUUCACUCUCCAUUUCUCUUUCUAUCUUCUAUCGAUAUUUUCACUCUGACUGCUCUUCUGAACUUGCUAACUGCAUGCCUCCCCCCUCCCGGGUCCUCACCACACACGACUUUCUACUCAAGCUCAUCCCUUUACUGUCCAAAUCCAUUACGCAAGAGUUAACCAGCAUCUUCACUCUUUCAUCCCUCACGCUGGCAAACUCUGGAACAAUCUUCCUUCAUCUGUAUUUCCUCCUGCCUACGACUUGAACUCUUUCAAGAGGAGGGUAUCAGGACACCUCU